AUGGAUAUUGCAGGCACAGAACAACUUUCUCUUUCUGCAUGUUAUUUUGACCAUGCAACUAAUGUUGUCAGAGAAGACUUCCUUGGAUUUACACCAUUGGCAAGGUUAGAUGUAAAACAUAUCUCCAACACAAUAAUAUCUACUUUAUCUGCUUGGGGUUUAAAUCUAGAUAAAAUGGUAGGACAAGGCAAUGACGGGUGCAGUACGAUGGCCAGUAAAAUUUGCGGAGUACAGCAGAUAAUUGCUGAGAAAUAUCCCAAGGCUCACUUCUAUCGUUGUGCUAGCCAUAGACUUAAUUUAGUUGUGAAUGAUUUGAACACCAUACCAGAGGUUAGAAAUGCCAUUGGUACUAUCAAAGAAAGAAUUUCUUUGUUUAUGGGGGAGCAGACAAAGGAAAGUCCUAGUUGGGAACCUUCAAAAACUUUUUUAGAUAUUGUUGAAGCAUUAGCAAUUUUACAUAAAGAAGGAGAUUGUGAAACUAGGCAGAAAGCCUGGCAACUUUACUGCACACUUACUUCUCCAACAUUUAUUGUUACAUUAAAAGUCAUAGCAAAAUAUUCAGCCAAACUAGAACCUGUUACCAAUAUCCUUACAUCAGUAAACAUUAACUUGUUAGAAGUUUCAGAACACAUUCAAGGAAUUGUAAAAAUGUUAUUAGAUGACAGAGAAAAUGUGAAAGCCGAAUUUGUAAUGAUAAUGAAAAGUGAUGAAAGCAACUAUAGUGCACUUGGAAUAGAUGUCACUGUCCAGUACUUGCAAGAACGGUUUUCAGAAGAUAACAAGGCAUGUUUUGAGAUUUUCUGCUUGCACCCAAAGGUAAUGAAAUUCCAAAGUGACCUAGAUAUGAAAAGGAUAAUUGAAAAUAUCAUCAGAUUUUAUGGCGAACUUUUAGAUAACUUCACUGAAGAAGUAUGGACAUGGAUUAGUAUGUGGAAAUGCGAUAAAGUAACUGAAGGAGAUAUUGCUGAAUUAAGCCUGACUGAUCUACUGGACAAAGCCAAAUCCUUGCCUGUCGUAGCUUCAGCCAUGAAGAUAGCCCUUAGCUUACUGGCAACCACCUGCUCUGCGGAAAGAUCAUUCACCACUCUCAGGAGUGUAAAAACGUGGCUAAGAACUACCGUAGAAGAUAAUCGACUCAGUUGUUUGUGUAUAGUGUCAGUUCAUCGUGAUAAGAUAAAAUCAGAGGGGGAGUCCUUUAUCGAAAAAGUGGUAGAUAGUUACGGGAAGGGCCCAAGACAAAUUCAGUUUCUGUUUAAGUAA